AUCAGUGUCUUGUCACUGUUUGCCCGCCAACGACGACGCCAAGGCACGACACGCGGUUCGACACGGCGCGAUCUCGUACAGUUAUUUUGAGUGCGAUCGUCAACAAAUUCGGUGCGCGGCGCGCAUUUUCGUGAGAAAAAAAGUAUCCCUUAGAAUAUCCGUCUAGAACUUCCGGCAGAAUGCAGUCUUCAACGGUGGUGGUGGCCAGUUUGCUCUGGUUGGUGCAGCUCGCGGUGGCAGUUCCGGCCAACAAAAGUUUGGACAGCUCGUCGUGCAAUUGUGUUUGUGGCGUCAACGGUCGAUCAAACCGAAUCGUCGGAGGUGCGGAGACGGUAGCCCACGAGUUCCCCUGGCUUGCCGGGCUGUUCCGCCAAGGAAAGCUGUACUGCGGCGCGUCUGUCCUGACCAAAAACUACCUCGUGACGGCAGCACACUGUGUCAACUCGUUCGAACCCAGCGAAAUUCGGGUAUACCUCGGAGGUCACAACAUUGCAAAAGAUUUCACGGAACUUCGACGAGUUAAGCGAAUAAUCGAUCACGAGGGAUUCGACAUCUUCACUUUCAACAACGAUAUCGCCCUGCUAGAGCUAGACAAACCACUGCGCUACGGACCGACGAUCCAACCGGCCUGUCUGCCGAACGGAAAUGAACGCGACUUUACCGGAAUGCUGGGAAUCGUUGCCGGCUGGGGACGAAUUGAGGAGAAGCGUCCUCCGUCUAAGACGCUGCGAUCGGUCGUCGUUCCCAUUUGGUCCCAGGAGCAGUGCCUGGAAGCCGGUUACGGCAGCAAAAAGAUCUCUGAGAACAUGAUGUGCGCCGGAUAUCACGACGGAAAGAAGGAUGCUUGCCAGGGUGAUAGCGGUGGCCCGAUGCACAAGAUGGGCAGCGAGGGCAGCAUGGAGGUCAUCGGAGUGGUGUCGUGGGGUCGCGGUUGUGCCCGGCCGAACCUGCCCGGAAUCUACACCCGCAUCGUCAACUACUUGCCGUGGAUACACGAGAAGCUGCAGGGAGAGUGUCUGUGCGUGCCGAAGGAUGUUGCCGCGCGGAACGUAUGAACGUGAUCUCAAGGGGAAAAAAAGGUGCAACGAUUGAAGGAACUAUUUAUUUAAUUUAUUCUAGUCAGAAAGUGUAGGGUUAAGUGAUUUUAGAUGUGUAAGUUGAAAAUUUGAGCUAGUUUUGUUACCAAAAAAUUGAUCCUGUGUUUUAAGAUUAGAAAUAAACAUUA